UCCUGACGUUUGGAUGUGAAGUGCCGUGAUUUUGUUGAUUCGUUGAUUUCUGUCGCGUCUUUCGCUGCUUGUGUUUGGUGUGUUAUAUUGUAUUGCUAUUAUUCUUUGGCUGCCUACCACUCUACGCCUCUACUUAGUAUCCGUUCGCGAAAACAUAAAAAAAAAAACAGAAGAAUAUUCAAAACACCUCGAGUAUUCCCCAUUCAUCUUGUUCUGCCAACUUAUUUCUAAUUGUGAAGCAACCUUGAAAUUUCGACCGCACGCUGGAAAUUGCAAAACAAUAACAAAGCCACAUAAAUAUAUUGUUUACCGCAAAACUAGUCAAUUAUUAGCAAAUAUUCAUAUUUGCAAUGUGACUUUCUAAGUGUGAUCGCAGCUUUGUUGAAGUUUCGUUUUUGAAAAGAAGAAUUGAUCUGGGAGUGAGGAUUUUCAUCCGACUACAAAGUUUUGGAGAUUACGGAUCUUAUUUUGGAUUACUCGUCGAAGCAAAUAAAACUGUAAAAAAUGGGCACUAUCGAAAAGGGACGCUCAUUCUCCUUCAGGCUGCGCCGAUCCUUCGGCGACGGUGGCAGCACCAACAGCCGCAACAGCAACAACAACAGCAGCACCUGCACCAACCACAACAACCAGAAGCGAUGCAGCACACCGCUGACACCUACCAGUACCAGCACCGGACGUCUGGAGGUACCGGGCGCCGCAUCCGUCAGCCGGCGUAGCAGCAUCUACAAGAAACCGGACAAGAACGACGGCGGCCAGAUCCACUUGAUUCCGGACGUCGAUCUGCCGUUGAUGACAUUCGCUGAUCAGUACAACAUUGAGAAGACCCUGGCGGAGGGAUGCUUCGCCAAGAUCCUGCUGUGCCGGCACAGACCCACCAACACCCUGGUGGUGCUGAAGGCCGUGCACGCCGAGCUGACCACGAUCAAAGAGUUCCAGAAGGAGUUCCACUACAACUACGAGCUGUCGCACCACCACCACAUCCUCAGCGCCUACGCAGUGGCCUUCCAGACGAUGGACUACUACGUGUUCGCCAUGGAGCACGCCCCCUACGGCGACUUGGCCUCCAACAUAGGGCCGAACGGACUGCAUGAGAAUGCUUGCAAGCUGAUCUCGGAACAGCUCAGCUCGGCCCUGGGCUUUAUGCACUCAAAGAAUCUGGUCCACCGGGAUCUGAAGAUCGAGAACAUUCUGGUCUUCACGCCAGACUUCACGCGAGUUAAGCUGUGCGAUUUCGGAGCCACCACCAAGAAGGGCCUUCUGGUGCACAAAGUGAAGCACACGUGGACGAGCUGUGUGCCGCCAGAGCAGCUUGAGCUGAUCAAGAACGAGCGCUUCCAGUGUCUGCCCGUCAGUGAUUCCUGGCAGUUUGGCAUCCUCCUGUACAACAUCCUUACCGGCAACCCACCCUGGCAGUCGGCUGACUGGGUCAAGGAUCAAUCCUAUGCCAACUUCAUGAAGUACGAACAGCGCAAGACGACCAAGGUGCCGGACAACUUCCGGAGGUUCUCGCCGCGCCUGAUGCGCUGCUUCCGAAAGUAUCUCAGCCACGACCCGGAGGAUCGUUGCAAGAUCACCGAGGUGGCCAAGUACAUGAAGGACCGGUGGGUGGAGUGCCGCAUAUCCACGUCCAAGUCGGCCACCCUCAUCUCGCCCACCAACCACGACCAGGACUCAUGCAUCUAUCUCAACCAGCGGGAGGGAAGGCUCUCCGGGGACGAGAACAAGCUCCGCUUCAAGCGAAUGAUGUCAACCUACGGCCUGGACAUUCCCAUUGACCAGGCCAUGGUACGGCGACGGGUCUGGGACUGGCUCUCCACCUGCGACGCCAACUUUGAUCCGGAUGUGGAGAGCCUACACGCCCUGGACAUGGCUGUCCAUUAGACCCACAAAGAAAUCUUUUAAGUGUAAGGAGGACCCCGUCAUUUACUGAUGGGGUUAUAUUUAAGAAUGGUAUCUCUCUUUUUUUGCCAAAUAUCUGAGCAAGAUGAGGAUGUGCAUCAAUAUCCUAGACAGGAACUGUUUGAAUUUGUGGAUCUAUGAGAUCAUUUUGUAGAGCAGAGAAGCAACUUCUCAAAAGGUUUUCUUUCUGUUGUUCUGCGAGUGCAAAGCCCAGAACUGAAUUAUUUAUUUAAAAUAGAUGGAAUUUGUUACGAUAAGUAGUAAGAAUUUGUACGUUAAUGAACCCCCCUAGAGAAAAAAAAACAAAACCAAAAAAAGAACACGUCAAACGGAUAACUUUCCACUAGUGUUACCUUUCUAGUCUUCCGCUACGAUGAUUUUUCUAUACAUGUACUCUGUAUGUAUGUAGUUUUAUGGUUACCUACUAUAAUGUGUGAUUUCGAGUUACUUAUUUUAUGUGUACGAGAUACCAACUAAUGCAAUUAUAUAGACCAUAGUAAUAAAAGAACACUAAGUACCGCCAAGGGCGCAUACACGACCAAUUAUUAGACGUUUAAGUUCUGUUGUAUAUUUGUAAUUGAUAGUCUAUGUAUUUAUUAAUCUUUAGUUUCAUCCAAUCGAUGUGUAGAAGCCCAUUAUCUCGUAGGCGUUAAUCUACAAUUUUGUACAUACUAUUUAAUUGCAUACGACUUUUACAAUAUAUACAUGCAUAAACAUAUGUAUUUGCGAGUUUAUAUAUCCUAUGUAUACCUAAAAAAAAACGCAGAAAUACAGAAUCGUAAACUGAGUUCA